AUGAAAAAGUACAAUGACCUUUAUCCGUUGUCCUCCAAUUAUGGUUUGCUGAAAGGUGCUCAAGAGCUCAAAAUGCGCAAACGACUGAUAGAAGAGGCGGGUGGGGAGUUACAAGAGUUCUGCAUUGAGGAUAUGGAAUUAUUUGAAGAUGUCAUGGAUGAGACCAAAUUCUUCACGAGUUGUGAACGGCAGACGAUUGUGCGCCACUACCUAAUGAGUCUCCGCGCGGCAGCCUCAGAAUCCUGGAGCAAAGACCUCCUCUUCUCGCCAGACCAGUCUAUCAGUGAGUUAUGCGUCAUUGCCUUCCAUUCUAACGCAUAA